CAAGCUUUUUCACUACAGCCCUGCGCUGACACAAAUUACGCUAUAUCGAACUUUGGCCACCACAAUGUGCGACUGGGAAGAGUUCUUGUUCACCUGUAACCACUCCCGAGUCCGCCUAAAGUCCUACUGCCAUUUUGCGCGAAAUGAUCCCAACCACGGGUGUCUGGGCGUCAAGGUGCUCCGCAACUCAUGGAGGCAAAGCGUACCGUGCGAUGAGUGCGCAUCCAAAGGUGUAUCGCAUCGGAGGACUUGACUGAAUGUCACUACUACAUUUCGAUGGACGACCAUGAAGCCGGCGAGCAAGGGAGGGGUAGGGGUAGUGACCGAUGUCCGGGGCUUGGAGAUGGUCUCGGAGGAGUGUACAUCAAACUUGUUUAUCGGUAUUUACGCAUGAAUCGUGUUUAAGUGGAAGGAUUUGCGGCUGAUGGAGGGUCUGUAUUGAGAGGGGGAGAAAAAACGACAAGGCCGAAUGAGAGAGGGGGUUAUGAUGUGUCGAUAGCUUGAUUCAUGCAGUGGACGUGGUAGGGGAGGGGUGCCCUCGACGCUAAUUUAAGAUUGAGAUUCUCAGGUGG